AGUCAGACUGAUCCAGAGUCAGAAAGGUCAGAGACUGAUCCAGAGUCAGAAAGGUGCUUCCUUCCUGGCCAUCACCACAAUCUAUGCUGAGUCUGGUUCUGGAUUCGUGGUCCCGAGUGCGUCUGCGAAGGCUGGAGUAGAGGCGCUCUUCAAGUCUCUAGCUGCAGAGUGGGGGCGCUAUGGCCACAGGUUCAACAUCAUCCAGCCUGGACCAAUCAGAACCAAGGGGGCGUUCAGUCGUUUGGAUCCAACAGGAGCGUUUGAGAAGGCAAUGAUUGGUCGGAUCCCGACUGGUCGUCUCGGAAAACCAGCAGAGAUCGCAAACCUGGCAGCAUACAUGAGCAGCGACUAUGCCACCUGGAUGUCUGGAGCUGUGAUCCGGUUCGACGGAGGAGAGUUCGUGUCGAUGGCCGGAGAGUUUAACGACCUUCGCAGGGUGACUCCAGAUCAGUGGACAGCGAUGGAGAAAAUGAUUCGAGGAACUAAAGGAUCAUAACAACCACUCUGACCACUGCCUUGUUACUAUGGAGACAGGGGGACUGUGUUCUGACGCCUUCCUGUCAAUGAACUGAUCAGCUGACUCUGAUGUCACGUGACAUUCUGCACAUGCUCAGUGAAUUUACCAUGUUUUGAUUCUCUCUUGACUGUGAUGGUGAGUAAAGCGAUGAGGUUAGUUAUGGUUGGAUUAGUUAGCGUUAAAGAUUAGUAAUGAAGUUUCCUCCUUCACAUCUUUAACUGAGAAUUUAACAACAAACAAUUAAGUUCAAUAAAAACUUGUUUACAA